CAUUUCACGUGUGACCACUCCGCACAAAACCACCAAACACAAACUCUCGUCAGUCUCUCCACUGCGGCUGUGUCACAGACGUCACAUACAAUAGCAAUACCAUGCAAGACAGACACAAGUGUGAAGUCUUAAGACAACAACAAUAAAACAAGAACAUGGCGGGAUCUCUUGAAAAACUCUUCUUAGGGUUUGACUUCAGCACACAGCAGAUCAAGUCCAUUGCUAUCAAUGAUGCCUUGCAGGUUAUCCAGGAGUUUUCCGUUCAAUUUGACACUGAUCUUCCGGAAUUUUGCACCCGAGGAGGAGUUCAUAUCCAUGAUGACCAACUGACUGUUACAUCUCCCACCAUUAUGUGGGUCAAGGCACUAGACCUUCUCCUUGAGAGAAUGAAAGCUUCAGGGUUCGACUUCUCAAAGGUUGUUGCACUGUCUGGGACAGGUCAGCAACAUGGCAGUGUGUUUUGGAAGGCUGGUACCUCGUUGAGACUUGGUAAUCUGCAACCUAGCCAGAUGCUACACGAACAGCUUGUUGAUAGUUUUGUUGUACCAAACUCCCCAGUCUGGAUGGAUUCUAGCACCACUGCGCAGUGUAGAAACCUUGAGCAAGUGAUGGGUGGACCACAAACUGUUGCCGACAUUACAGGAUCUAGAGCCUAUGAGCGCUUCACUGGUAACCAGAUUGCAAAGAUCCAUCAAGAGAACCAGGCGGCGUUCAGCGCUUGUGAGAAAAUCUCAUUGGUCAGCAGCUUUGCAGCUUCAUUGUUCCUGGGUAGUUAUGCACCAAUUGACUUCAGCGAUGGGUCAGGAAUGAACUUGUUAGAUAUAAGAGGUAAGACGUGGUGUCCACAAGCCCUUGAUGCGUGCUCUCCUGGCUUAUUGAAUCUUCUUGGUCUUCCUGUGCCGUCCUCAACUAACCUGGGACCGAUUUCUUCCUACUUUGUGGAUAGGUACGGAUUCUCUGCAGAGUGUCAAGUUAUUGCUUUUACUGGAGACAACCCUGCCUCACUAGCUGGGAUGGCGUUGAAGGAGGGUGACAUUGCUGUAAGUCUUGGCACUAGCGAUACCCUGUUUCUGUGGUUGAAGACGCCUUGUCCUGCCCUGGAGGGACACAUCUUUGUCAACCCUGUAGAUGUGCAGUCAUACAUGGCAUUGCUAUGCUUUAAGAAUGGCUCCCUCACGCGCGAGAGAAUCCGCGAUGAAUGCAGCAUGGCAUCAUGGGAUACCUUUAAUCGGCUUCUGGAGUCGACCCCUUCGGGAAACAACGGCAACUUGGGUAUCUACUUUGACGUCCAAGAGAUCACGCCGUCUGCAGUCGGUGUUUAUCGGUUUGAUUCUAAGAAUGAUAGAAUAGAGAGCUUCCCAGCUGCAGUAGAGGUCCGGGCUCUGCUGGAGGGCCAGUUCAUGGCUAAGAGGCUCCACGCUGAAAAUCUUGGCUACCUUGUCGAGCGCGGUUCGAGGGUUCUGGCGACUGGCGGGGCGUCGGCCAACAGGGCCAUUCUUCAGGUCCUCUCUGAUGUCUUCAAUGCUCCGGUCUAUAUACUGGAUGUUGCCAACUCAGCGUGUCUGGGAUGUGCUUACAGAGCAAAACAUGGUUUCCUUGGCAACAGUAGUGUAUCAUUUACUGAUGUAGUUAGGACUUCUCCCACCGAAUACAAGUUAGCUGCCACUCCAAGCACAGAUGCCAGUCAGAUUUACACUCCACUCUUGGCAAGGUAUAAACAACUCGAGGAGAUGGUAUCCCAACAAUAACUUGAACAGAAUCACUGUAGGAUUUUGUUUAGUAUGUUUUACGUUUACAUCGUUAACCAGCAAAAAAGAAAUUAGGUCUUUUUGUGCAAAAAUCAUCAUGGCUCAAAUUUCGAGUUUUUGGUAAAAAUCACACAGUUCAAAAAGUUUAAUGGACCAUAGUUUUUUUUACAAGACUAGACAAGUUUUUGCAUUGAAAUGAGAAAAUAAUUGUCUACAAAGUUGAACAAUUGAAGUGAAUUAAUUUGACCUAGUACUGAGAGAAGGUUUAUCUGACCAACAACAGGCAAACAAGAAAUUCUGGUUUUGGGAGAAAGCUUCAUGGUUCGAAUUUCGGGAAAAUCUUGUAGAUCUCAAAAUAAAAAGUUUACUUGAUUGGAACUUUUUUUUAACGAACUGAAAGAACAUUUGAUCUGUUUUAAUUUGAACAAGCACUAAGAAAAGAUUUAUCUCCUUUGUGUUAUGGGUGUAUUUAUUGCUCAAUACUCAACAGAAUUGAAAGAUUUUGAUCAGAAUAAAAAACAACAUUCAAACAAAAACCCAAGACCACCUGGCUUAUCCAGUUUUGGGUUUACUGGCCUGAUGCUAAAAUCACUGGCCUCGGGCCUGAGGUCAAAGGUUUUGAGCCCUGACCAGUUUUCUGUAAAUGUGUAAUAUCGCCCAAUCCAAAAUCUGUUAGUCACUGUAACAGAAGUUAUCAUUAUUUUUAAGAAGUUUCUGUAACUGAAGUUGCUAACUCAAACUUGUUAUAUUAAUAUGUUAAUUUUGUAAUUGUUUGUGCUACUAUUGAAAUUAUUUAACUUUAUCAGGGUCUAAACAUAAUUUUUAUCAGUAAAUUCAAUUUUAUAGAGGCUGUUCAAGAUUAUUAGUAUUUUCACAAGAUCAAAAACCAUACAUUUUGUUAGUACCCUCCCCCCACUAAAAAUGCACAAGAAAAUGUUGCAGAGGCAUGAAUUGUGAGGGAAAUUUUGGCUUCUUAGAAAUUAGUAAUCGAUUGCUGACAUAGUACGAGUGUAAGUUCAUGAAAAUAUUGUUGAUUGGAAUGUAUCCGGUUAUUUUUUUUCCAUCAGGUCACUUUAUUGUAAAUAAAAAGAUUUUCAGUGAUCAUCAUAAAAAAAAGUAGAAAUUAAACUAUUUUUCUAAAAUUACAAAGUAUGAUUAUUUGGAAAAUCAGCAGCAAGUAAGAUUUAUUUGUAAAAGGAACGUGUUUGAAACUAUGCAGCUGUUUAAAAGCUCACCGCAUGCAGUGUUUUUCAUGGAAAGUGUGUGGGAUAAUUGUUGUUGUAUCUUCGAAACAUACAUGUAGUAAUAAUGAACAAUGGAAAUGAAGGAGAAGAAAAGUAAUCAGGUUAUAGGUUUGCAGUAGCGCCAUGUGUAAAUAUUCACCAUGGUGCUACAGCAAACCAUACAUAGUUAUUCUGUCUCGAUGCAGAGUUUCAAAUCUUAGAAAAACUAACCCUUUAUUUGUUUUACAAACUCUGUUAAAGGCAGUGGAC